AUGUCUUGGUGUUUGGAGUGUCUUGUGGGUUACCUAAGAGAAACGCAGCACAAGUGUCCUAUCUGCGAAAUUGAAUUGACUGAACAAGAAGUUAAUGAUUGCUGUCUGUUUUGGGACAACGCAAGCUUCAAAAUCGAUAUUGAAAGUCUUUCUCAAGCACGUGCUGAACUUUCAGGUUCUAACGAUGUAAAUUCAGGUGUUUUUUACGUUGUGUUGUUGAAUGGAAAAAAGAUCACGUUAAAAUUAUCCGAAAUUACAACCGUUAAAGCUUUAAAAUAUGCAUUAAGAGAUGCUACUAAGAUAGAAAUUACAAAACAAAAAUUAAUUCAUAAUGACGUGGAACUUGAAGAUUUUCAAGAUGACUCAACUGAUAGCACAUUAGAAAAAUAUGGAAUUCAUGCUAAUAGCCAUAUUCAACUUAUUGUCGUUCUUUAUUCUAUCACACAAGAUCAAGCUUUAACAAAUUUGGCUUUCGAUUUAUAUUGGGGAUUUCCUCGUUCAGGACAAGAUUUUCUUGAUGGUACUUGUUUGAUAUAUGCUGGUAAUAAUUUGUGGAAAAAAUAUGACUAUUUAUCCACGUUUUACCCCAGCAUAAAAUAUAUUAAGCAUUCUGGUGACGUCAUAAAUCACGCACAAGGUAGUGGACAUCAUCAAAUAACAAUCAAACUUGAUGAACUUCCUAAUGACGUUUGUCAGAUUUAUUUAAUUCUAAGUUCAUGGAGGUCUCCAACAAUUGGUCAUUUUCGAAACCCAAGUUUUAAAUUGUAUGAUGAAGCGAAUCAGGACAAGCAAUUAUGUAAUUAUACUAUAGGACAAGCAGCAAAAUCUCAGGCUGUUAUAAUGUGUCUUAUUAAUCGAUCGAAUAAUGGAAUGUGGAAGGUGAUCGAAAUUGGUGAGACAUCAAGUGGAAAUGCUAAAAACUAUGAUCCAAUUGAGAAAAAUAUCAAGCGGUUAAUGUGCUUCAAUAAAACUUUUAUAUAA